AUGGCUGCCUGUGAUACUCGUUUCAAGCUCAACACUGGUGCGGAGAUCCCUGCUCUGGGCCUGGGAACCUGGCAAUCCCAGCCCGGCGAGGUGGCCCGCGCUGUUGCCCACGCCAUCAAGGUGGGCUAUCGUCACAUUGACGCUGCUCUGUGCUACGGCAACGAGAAUGAGGUCGGUCAGGGUAUCAAGGAGGCCAUUGACGCUGGCAUCGUCAAGCGUGAGGACCUCUUCGUGACCACCAAGCUGUGGUCCUCCUACCACGACCGUGUCGAGGAAGGCCUGCAGCAGAGUCUGACUGACCUUGGUCUCGAUUAUGUCGACCUCUACCUCAUGCACUGGCCCCUUGCCAUGAACUCCAAGGGUAACCACAACCUCUUCCCCAAGCUGGCCGAUGGCUCUCGCGACAUUAUCCACAGCCACUCCCAUGUCACCACCUGGAAGAGCAUGGAGAAGCUCGUUGGCACCAAGAAGGUCCGCGCCAUCGGUGUCUCCAACUACAGUGUCAAGUACCUCGAGGAGUUGCUGCCUCAGGCCACCAUCAUCCCGGCCGCCAACCAGAUCGAGAACCACCCUUCCCUGCCUCAGCAGGAGAUCGUCGACCUCUGCAACAAGGUCGGCAUUCACAUCACCGCCUACAGCCCUCUGGGCAGCACCGGUAGCCCCAUGUUCACCGCCGAGCCCAUCGUCUCGAUUGCCGAGAAGCGCGGCGUCACUCCCGCCGCUGUCCUCCUCAGCUACCACAUCGCCCGUGGAUCUUCAGUCCUCGCCAAGUCUGUCACCCCAGCCCGUAUCGAGGCCAACCGUGCCGACUUGAUCCACUUGGACGCCGAGGACAUGGCCACUCUGCGCAAGUACAGUGACGGUCUUCAGGCCGAGGGCAAGCUUCAGCGCUUUGUCUACCCUCCCUUCGGGGUGAACUUCGGUUUCCCCGACAAGCAGUAA